GACUGAGCAAGUCAUGGCCUUUGGUCUGCUUGACUCGGCAUUUGCCUUAUUGUUAGAGGAAGUCGCCGCUCGUGUUACAUUGACCGGUUUGCCCCCUGCCGGCCAAGCACUUUCGUUGCAGCUUCUAAAGGAGACUCUUCGUAAGAACCUUAAUUUGACCGCGUUUAUGAGCCCUUUAAAAAAGUUUUUUAUCGGAAUUGCGCAAGAUUUUUAUGUCCUCAAGUACUUUUCACCAGAACACACUUAUUUUUCGGCGUUGGAGGAUUAUUGCAGAAGUGUUGAACUCUUUAAGCAUCCAACGGGUAUCGGCACUUUUCUUUCUCUGGAUGCAGGCAUAGACAUGGCUAAAGCAAAUAAUACGGGCGUCUUUGAUUAUUUUUCUGCACUGCACACUUCUCUUAUAAGCCGUUUCAGAGCCAGUGCAGUGUUAAAAGAUCAUACAACGGCAGCGUUGGGCACCUUGAAUUUUCGAAAACACGUAGAUUGUAUUAUAAAGUAUGCUUUGCUGCAGGACAGCGCAUUUACCCACGAGCUUUUGACUCUUCUGCAGGGGCAGGUACAGCUACCUUUCAUUGGUCGGACUCUCUCUUUCACUCCUGUGUUUCCCGCACAGGCGCAUUUACCCUUUAAUGAGCUGCAAGCAAGCGUGAACUGGCUACUGGAUGAGCUUGACUCCGAGAGUUCGCCGUUCAUCCGCUUAGCCACUCACAACGCCUGCAAUUCUACAGGGCAGCCAGAAAUGUUUAUUGAAUACCAAUUGCCGUCGACAAUGUCUUUGCUUAUGGCCAAUACAGAAGUUUUGUCCCAUUCUGCGUUGCUAUUGCUAAAGCUCAAGCUGUCUCUCGCUCAUUUGUAUAAUAAUAAGUCGCGUGCCAAUUUUAUUCGCCAUGAGUUCGCUGCUGCUUUCCGCCUUCAAACGACCCUCUCCGCAGUGGAUCAGGAUAUCAGCUUGCAUUUAGAAACAGCACGGCGCACUGUACUCACCAUCAUUUCUGUCUCUGGCGGAUGUUUAUCCAGCUUAGCAGGAGCUCUUCAUGGUUUCAUGAGCAGCAUUCAAUCCGCGUGCCUGCAAAAGAGCCAUCAGCGAAGCGAACUUGAACGAUUAUCUCGGGAAAUUCAAAAAACCAUUUCCUUUACAGAUGUCACAACCAAAUGUCUAUAAGAAUUGUCCGGAAGGAGUGGGCAGAAACAAUUAUAAAUAUCAGUGGACAUAUAGCGAAACUUUUUUUCAUUAAAGGAUUUCUUACCGGUG